AUGGAGCGGGACGUCCAAGGGAAACCACACUGGCAGGCGUCUGAGCGCAAGCGACCCCCGGACCCGACCAUUGCUGUCGUCCCGCAAUCACGACAGUUUUUGCUACGCAGAGCACUCGUCACGAUGGGCCUCCCUCUGUUCCUCCUCUCGGCGCUCUUCCUGGCCCUGAACGCGUUCAAUGUCGCGGCAGACGACAUCGACGCGGCAGGCGGCCAUGGCCGGCUCGCGGGCAAGCCAAACUUCAUCUUCAUCAUGACCGACGACCAGGACCUGCACCUCAAUUCGCUCGACUACCAGCCGCUCCUCAAGAAGCACUUCACCGACAAGGGCACCUUCUUCAAGAAGCAUUUCUGCACCGUGUCGCUGUGCUGCCCUUCGCGCGUGUCGCUGCUCACGGGCAAGGCCGCCCACAACACCAACGUCACCGACGUCAGCGCUCCGUAUGGCGGUUACAACAAAUUCGUCGCCGAGGGCCACAAUGACAAAUACCUUCCCGUCUGGCUGCAGGCCGCCGGCUACAACACCUACUACACCGGCAAGCUCAUGAACGGGCAUACCAUCCAGACAUACAACAAGCCCCUCGCCAAGGGAUGGACCAGGUCCGACUUCCUCAUCGACCCCAACACGUACCGCUACCUCAACGCGUCGACGGUUCUCGACAACGGCAAAUUCAAGUUCAACCCGGGCAAGUACUCCACCGACCUUGUCUCCGACCGGGCCGUCGAGUUCCUCGGCAACGCCAUCGACGCCCAGAAGCCAUUCUUCCUCGGCGUCACGCCCAUCGGCCCUCACUCGGAGACGGUCCUCGGCGAGGCCGGAGGCACCAAGUUCCUGGCCCCAAUUCCGGCCGACCGCCACAAGGACCUCUUCUCGUGCGUCAAGGUCCCCCGCGGUGGCAACUUUAACCCCGACCAGCCCGGCGCCGUCAGCUUCUUCGACAUCCCCAAGCUCAACAACGACCAAAUCAAGUACAACGACAACUUCUAUCGCCGCCGCCUGCAAUCCCUGCAGGCCGUCGACGAGCUGGUCGACAACAUCGUCACCAAGCUCGAGGCCCACCCGGAGGUCCUCGCCAACACGUACCUGUUCUACACAUCCGACAACGGCUUCCACAUCAGCAACCACCGUCUGCCACCGGGCAAGACCUGCAGCCGCGAGGAGGACAUCAACAUCCCCUUCAUCGCGCGCGGGCCGGGCAUCGCCGCUGGCAAGGUCGCCUCGUUCCCGACGUCGCACACCGACCUGGUUCCCACGUUCUUUGAGCUUGCGGGCAUUCCUCUGCACGAGGACUUUGACGGCAUUCCGAUCCCGCUGACGCAGCAGAGCCUGCGGCAUAACAGGGUGAAGCAUGAGCACGUCAAUGUCGAAUUUUGGGGCUCUGGACUGGCUGAGGGCACUGCCUUCCCCAACUUGAGCAACAAGUUCUCCAACAACACGUACAAGACCGUGCGUGUAGUCGGCGACAAGUACGACUUCUCCUACAGCGUCUGGUGCACCAACGAGCACGAGCUGUACAACAUCAAGGACGACCCGUCGCAGCUCAAGAACCUGUACGGUUCCAAGGGCAAGACCUCUGGCUUCUCCAUCCCAGAGCUCACGGCCCGCCUCGACGCCUUGCUGCUCACCCUCAAGAGCUGCAAGGGCAAGGCCUGCCGGGAGCCGUGGCAGACACUCUUCCCGAAGGGCGACGUCAAGAACUUGCGCCAGGCCCUGGACCGGCGCUACGACCAUUUCUUCCUGAACCAGCAGGAGAAGGUGACUUUUUCCCAGUGCCUGAAGGGCUACAUCACGUCUGCCGAGGGCGCGCUGGCGCCCAUCCCGUAUGGCAGCAAGGGUGUGGAUGAGGCCCUUGAGGCGCGUUGGGAGGACAUGGUAUGA